AUGAUUUCGGAUUUGUUAUCCUCACUCAUCCUUCUAGUUAUUAUUUCAAAAUGUCCCCUAUUCUUCUUUUUACGAAAAAUUCUCUCGCCUCCCUCUCGAUUUCUUCUCUAUCACCCCUCCCUCUCUCCUACUCUCUAUCACCCCCUCCCUCUCACUCUCUCUCACUCUUUCCCUAUUUCGUUUCUGAUUCUUUGUUUCCCUGCUUCUUUUCAAUUUUUAUCUCUAUCACCCCCCCUCUCCUCCCCUCUAUAUUUCUUCUCUAUCACCCCCUCCCUCUCUCCUCUCUUUCCCUAUUUCGUUUCUGAUUCUUUAUAUGUUUCCUUCUUCUUUUCAAUUUUUAUCUCUAUCACCCCCUCCCUCUCUCCUCCCUCUCUAUUUCUUCUCUAUCACCCCUCCCUCUCUCCUCUCUCUCACUCUUUCCCUAUUUCGUUUCUGAUUCUUUAUAUGUUUCCUUCUUCUUUUCAAUUUUUAUCUCUAUCACCCUCUUUCUUAUCGCCAUUCCUUCUCUCUCCAUCUUCCUCGCUCAGUCUUCCUCUUUUUAGCUUUUCCUUCUCAUUUCUUUCUCUCUUCCUCUUAAUUUUUGGAUUAUCGAUACAAGCGAGGAAAAAAUUCCUUCUUCCGAUUCUUUUGUAA